CUUACCCCAAACAUACGCCUCUACACCGUUCCUUCAGCUCUGCAGCCCCAAUCCACUCUCCUAUUAGCGUUUUACUCUGCCCUUAGCAAAGUGGAUUGAUUUGAAAACGGCAGCACCUGGCUGCAAAGCUAUCCUUUCGUGAAUAAUCAUCAACCAUUAAUGCUAUUCUCUACUAACAAGGAAGAACAUGAUUGAAUGAAUCCUGUCUUUCCACAAUAGGUGAAUCACAAAAAAGAAAUGGUGACAAUGGCCAAGUUGACAGAGUCCAUGAGUGACUUUGCUUCUAAUUUGCCUAAACAAUUAAUUCCUGUUGAAUUAUUGACAGAGGAAAAUGGAGUAGUAAGCACUCUUUAUGGCUCGGCUGGGUGUUACCUUUCAAAAUCUACAAGCUAAUGUCCUGGAGGGGGACUCAAUGGAUCAGGAUGUAGAAAGCCCAGUAACCAUUCACCAACCAAAAUUACCCAAGCAAGCCAGAGAUGAUCUACCAAAACACAUCAGCAGAGACCGAGCUAAAAGAAAAAUCCAGAGGUACGUGAGGAAAGAUGGAAAGUGCAAUGUUCACCACGGCAAUGUGAGGGAGACCUACCGUUACCUGACUGAUAUCUUCACAACCUUAGUUGAUCUGAAAUGGAGGUUCAACCUGUUGAUCUUUGUUAUGGUUUACACAGUGACAUGGCUCUUCUUCGGCAUGAUCUGGUGGCUUAUAGCUUAUAUCCGAGGAGAUAUGGACCAUAUAGAGGACCCCACAUGGACUCCAUGUGUCACUAACCUCAAUGGGUUUGUCUCAGCUUUUUUAUUCUCAAUAGAGACAGAAACCACCAUUGGUUAUGGCUACCGAGUCAUCACAGACAAGUGUCCUGAAGGAAUUAUCCUCCUUUUAGUCCAGUCUGUGUUGGGCUCUAUAGUCAAUGCAUUCAUGGUAGGCUGCAUGUUUGUAAAAAUAUCGCAGCCUAAGAAGAGGGCAGAGACCCUGGUAUUUUCUACCCAUGCAGUAAUCUCCAUGCGGGAUGGGAAGCUAUGCCUGAUGUUCCGGGUGGGGGACCUUAGGAAUUCCCACAUCGUUGAGGCCUCAAUUAGAGCCAAGUUGAUCAAAUCUAAACAGACCACAGAAGGAGAGUUCAUACCACUGAACCAGACAGAUAUCAAUGUAGGGUAUUACACAGGGGAUGAUCGUCUGUUUCUCGUGUCACCGUUGAUCAUUAGCCAUGAAAUUAAUCAACAGAGUCCUUUUUGGGAGAUCUCCAAAGCCCAGCUGCCCAAAGAGGAACUAGAAAUUGUUGUGAUCCUAGAAGGAAUGGUGGAGGCAACAGGAAUGACAUGCCAAGCCCGGAGUUCUUAUGUGACCAGUGAGAUCCUGUGGGGUUAUCGUUUUACUCCUGUUCUGACACUAGAGGAUGGUUUCUAUGAAGUAGAUUACAACAGCUUCCAUGAGACAUAUGAGACCAGCACACCGUCUCUUAGUGCCAAAGAGCUGGCAGAAUUGUCCAACAGGGCUGAACUGCCUCUGAGUUGGUCUGUGUCCAGCAAACUCAACCAUCAUGCUGAACUGGAAACUGAAGAGGAAAAAAACCAUGAAGACCAAACAGAGAGGAAUGGUGAUGUGACAAAACUAGAGAAUGAAUCCAAAGUUUAAAAUCUUGGGUGGAGCAUCCCCUUGUCCUCAUACAACAUUUGUUUAUUUCUUUCUUUUUCCCUCAUUUUAAUGUGUUGUUUGUUUUUUUUUUUAAAAAAAAAAAAAAGGAAAUCUUCAAGGUGUGAAAUAUCCGCCUGCCCAUUCUCAAAUACAGAGCUUCACAAAGCCGUCAAAGACCUAGUGGCUGUGGCCUCUGUUAGUGGUCUCCUCUCAGACUGUCAUACUUUCAAACUCUUGUAGAUUUUAGCUGGAGAUGUGCAUGAGAUCUGUGAUACCAGGUUGCUUAAAAAAAGAGAGUCAUAUUUAAUACCUGGAACAUGAAAAGCCAUCUCUGGUGCCUAACCAUUCCUAUAGUAAGUAGAGAAUAGCUCUAAAUUGUAUAUAUUCCAGCAAAUUUCACAGAUAGGGUGAUGUGCUUGCCAGAAGUGGGCAUCACCUUUCUAAAGCAGUUAUGUUAAAAGACCUACAGUUUAACAAGACACUGUACAUAUGCCUUAUGUCAUUUUUUUCUCUUCACAUUUAGUAAUAAAACCCAGCAUGUACACAGAUACUGUAGUAAAGACCUUCUAAAUAAUGUACAUAGUUGUGCAACUUAUGUAGAUUUAGACACCUAACUUUAGAAGUAACUUUCUGAAAAAAAAAAUCUACCAAACAUUGUAUAGUAGGCAUUUCUGUUCUAACAUUUGCAUUUCUCAAAUUGUUUCAAUCCCCUUUUAUUAUCUGGCCCUUUGGUGCAUGGCCCUCUCUUCAGUGUAUCACACUGGCAGCUAUUUAGGUCACCUCAACGUUCCUUUAGUGAUUUUUUCUAAAAAGCCAUAGGUCUGGGGGGAGCUGGGAUUGGGAAGUUAAGAAACCACCACAAAUUUACAGAUUUCUUGUGACAUAUUUACUAAAUUAAUCUUUUUUUAUUAGGACAAGGCUAUCAUUCUAAGAUAGUCCUCAUCUAUCAACCUGGUCUGUGGUAGCAUCUAGGGAAUAAGAUUAUCUCCCACAUAACCAUUAAUACAUCUUCACAUCAGCCUUUUCUUUUAAAGUAUAAUAGUUUGGGGGGGGAAAUUCAAAACUUUUUGUGUCCAAGUGGUUCCAUCAUAACCUUUGGAAAACUUGGAAAUUGAUAUACUAGCUAUGGGCAUGUUAGACCUAAAGUUGUAGGAUUUCAUGAAAGGAUUCAAUGAAUGACAUUUAUUAAGAUCAUUAGACAUUUUAUUGAUUUUGGAAUGCUAAAAAAAAAAUCUCUUUUUCCUUACCUCACCAACCCACUCCUUCCUCGACUUCCAGAUGUGUUUUUAUCACUAUUCACACAGAACUAACAUAAAGGAAUAUGACAGUCACAAAGGACUUGCAACUAGACUUUUUUCCCCUGAAAGAUUCAUUACCCAAGUGCUAGAUUAUUAAUCUGCAUCAACUUUGAGAAACUAUUUCUGCAGUAGGGUAAAAGGUUAUAAACCUGACCCUGAAGUCACCCAUAAUCAAAACAAAACAAAAGAACUGCAGCCUUAAUUUUUAAAAUUGCAUGUAUAUAUCUUAUCUGCCUAGUCUGAAAAAGGAGGAUUCACUUUUUUUUACAAGUAUUUUUUGUACAGAAUAUUUGAAUUAUAAAGUGAUAAAUACAGACACACACAAAAAGAAAAAAAAAAAACACCUCAGGAGAAACUUAGUGGGCAGGUGGAAAUUUUGCACUGUGACAGAUCUUUCACAUUAAUUUCACAUCUAUAAACUAUCUGUCCCCAAACACAGUGGCCCAUCAUAUUUAUUUAUUCAGUGGAUGUGUUUAUUUUCAGCUUUAACAGCUGUGCUGUUUGAGAUUUUGCAUCAUCUAGGUCAAAAGAGAUCAAAACUGUUUCUGUUUCCUCUCCCCUCCCAGUCGGAGAAGCACAUUCCUUUGCUGUACUGGGGUGGGAGUGGAGGUUUUGUCUAUUCUAAAAGACUUUUACGGAGAAGCAGGGUGUGGUCCCCCCAAAGUCAAUGACAAUUCUGGAGGCAGUCUGGGAUCUGUCUUCACAUACUCUGAUGGGUCUGCUCCAAGAUAACUUUUUUCUUGCCCUUUACUUUAGUGAAACAAAGCUGUUGGCUGUUGGCUCUUCUGCUUUGCUGGGAAUGCCAAUGCACUGAAUAUCUAUUGAGUACUUCUCUUCAUACGUCACACUGUAAAUGUAAAGCUGUUCUCCAGGAAGAGAAAAUUCAAUAUUUCAUGUGCUAAAGCAGUUUGCUUCUCUGAGAGAAAACCAUCAUCACCAAUUUCAGGGUGGAGAAUGAUAACCUUGUAUCAGUGGUAGCCUUAUAAACGGAGUGCCUCAAAGUGAGGGAAAUAACCAACUGUGCCCAUAAGGCUUAAUAUCUCUGUAUCAGCCUUGGGUUUUAGAGCAAAGCAAAGGAAGCUGUGAUCAAGUCCAUCCCCACUCUAACUUUUAAUUCUCAAAUACCUUCCUAGUUGGCCGAGUUGAAAGAGCAGCUCAGGGCCCUACUGAACUUUUACAUGCCCUUUAGCACAAAUAAAAAAACAGAAAAACUUUAUGCCAAUGAGGGCAUGUGCAUGUGUAACUUCUAUUUUUGUGACUGUGGUACUUAAAACUUAAUGUCUCUCCUUCUCAAUGUCUUUAGUAUCAAUGUAGUAUGAGAGAGAAAGUUGACCAAAUCUUUUGGGUUUGUGGUUUAUUUCUUUGGGUUUGUUUUGGUUUUUGGUUUUUUUGUAACAUGAGCUUUCUAAGCUUUAAAAGGGGAAGCUUCACAGAAACUUUGUACUAGAAUGUCCCUAACAAACAGCCUCUAUUUUUCUACAAUUAUUAAGCAGUUUAACAAUGUAUUUUGUGUCAAUUACUUCGACUUCACUAUCAAAAUUUCAGAACUAAAUGUUAUUAAGACUGAAUUUUCCAAGUGGCAAGUAUUGAAUGGUAUUUUUCAUUACUAUUUAUGCUACAAUUGCUAUCCAUUCUAUUCUUUACCCAGUAUUUUAAAGAAUUGAUUUUAAUGUAACUGCAUUACAAACAAUGGUUGCUCCCAAAUUAUUAUUUUGGUUUGUUGAUUCAUUUAGGUUAGUUUUUUAGGAAUUUAUGGAGAAGUAGGAGACUAGGCUAAAACACCAUAGAGUGUCUGCUCACAUUCUGAGAGAAAAUGGCUCUGAAUGAAUGUCUCCUUAAUAGGCUGAUGAUCCUAACAGGGCAGUGGUUUUUGGAAUAGAUUUCCCUCAAGAUACCUGCUAAAAUCCUCAUAUUCUCACACCCCACCACAAUAUGCUUCACAAGUGGAAGCAAAAUAUGUUCAUUUUUAAAUUGACUUUAUGUAACUAAUAAAAAUGUUUUCUGUUGUC